GCCCAGGGAGCUGUGAGGGGAAAAAAGACGCGGGGCCUGAGGUGGUGACGGCGCGAGGCGACAGAGGGGCCGGGUUCUACUAGUCGUAAUGAGGAAGAUGAAACUAGAUAGAACAGUGAAGUCCUACUCAUCCCCCAAAGCAGCUUUUCUGGGUGCUCCCUUUCCUGUUCUUUCAAAGGAUUAAAUGGAACCCUGAGGACUUUGCAAUAUGAAUAAUUCUUUGGAGAACACAAUUUCCUUUGAAGAAUACAUCCGUGUGAAAGCACGAACAAUCCCCCAACAUAGGAUGAAGGAAUUCCUGGACUCCCUUGCCUCCAAGGGCCCUGAAGCCCUGCAGGAGUUUCAGCAGACAGCUGCCACCACAACCAUGGUAUACCAGCAAGGAGGCAACUGCAUUUAUACAGAUAGCACGGAAGUGGCUGGAUCUUUGCUUGAACUUGCCUGUCCUGUUACAACUAGUGUCCAGCAGCAAACCCAGCAAGAGCAGCAAAUACAGGUGCAGCAACCCCAGCAAGUCCAGGUGCAGGUUCAGGUUCAGCAGUCCCCUCAACAAGUGUCCACCCAGCAGCUCUCUCCUCAGCUUACUGUCCACCAAGCCUCUGAGCAGCCAAUACAAGUCCAGGUGCAGAUCCAAGGCCAGACACAGCAGCAGGCAUCCCAGACAAUACAGGGUCAGGCCCUCCAGAGUCCCAGCCCUUCUCAGUUACAGGCGGCUCAGAUCCAGGUGCAGCAUGUGCAGACUGCUCAGCAAAUCCAGGGUGCAGAAAUACCAGAGGAACACAUACAACACCAGCAGAUCCAGGCCCAGCUCGUGGCAGGACAGGCCAUUGCUGGAGGCCAGCAAAUCCAGAUUCAGACAGUUGGAGCACUUUCCCCUCCUCCAUCUCAACAAGGCUCACCACGGGAGGGCGAGCGAAGGAUCAGCACUGCCAGCGUUCUUCAGCCAGUAAAGAAGCGCAAAGUGGAUAUGCCUAUUACCGUGUCGUAUGCUAUUUCAGGGCAGCCGGUUGCUACGGUUCUGGCCAUCCCCCAGGGCCAACAGCAGAGUUACGUAUCCUUAAGGCCGGACUUGUUAACGGUGGAUAGUGCCCACCUGUACAGUGCCACGGGGACCAUCACCAGUCCCACUGGGGAGACUUGGACAAUCCCUGUUUACUCUGCCCAACCACGUGGUGAUCUACAGCAGCAGAACAUUACCCAUAUUGCCAUUCCCCAGGAGGCCUACAAUGCUGUCCACGUUAGUGGCUCCCCAACAACUUUGGCCACUGUGAAGCUAGAAGAAGACAAGGAUAAGAUGGUGGGAGGUGCAUCAGUAGUGAAAAACUCUCACGAGGAGGUGGUGCAAACUCUUGCCAAUUCCCUUUUUCCAGCCCAGUUUAUGAAUGGCAAUAUCCACAUUCCAGUGGCAGUGCAAGCAGUGGCAGGGACCUACCAGAAUACAGCACAGACGGUUCAUAUAUGGGACCCACAGCAGCAGCAGUCCACGUCACAGGAGCAGGCGCAGCAGCAGCAGCAGCAGCAGCUGCAAGUUACUUGCUCUGCUCAAACCGUUCAGGUAGCUGAAGUUGAACAGCAGCCACAGCCUCAGCCUUCCCCUGAACUUCUCCUUCCACAGUCUCUCAAGCCAGAGGAAGGAUUAGAAGUAUGGAAGAGCUGGGCACAGACUAAAAACGCAGAGAUGGAAAAAGAAUCACAGAACCGGCUUGCACCCAUUGGUAGACGCCAGUUAUUGAGAUUCCAAGAAGAUCUUAUAUCUUCAGCUGUAGCAGAGUUAAAUUACGGAUUGUGCUUAAUGACUCGUGAAGCUCGCAAUAGUGAAGGCGAGCCCUAUGAUCCAGAUGUUCUUUACUAUAUCUUUCUGUGCAUUCAAAAGUACUUAUUUGAAAAUGGGCGAGUUGAUGACAUUUUCUCAGAUCUCUAUUACAUACGGUUCACUGAAUGGUUACAUGAAGUUCUCAAGGAUGUGCAGCCUAGGGUCACUCCUUUGGGGUAUGUUCUUCCCAGCCAUGUGACAGAAGAGAUGUUAUGGGAGUGUAAACAGCUGGGAGCUCACUCUCCUGCUACCUUGUUAACUACUCUCAUGUUUUUUAAUACAAAAUAUUUCCUGUUAAAAACAGUAGACCAGCAUAUGAAGCUGGCCUUUUCAAAAGUCUUGAGGCAGACUAAGAAGAACCCUUCCAAUCCUAAAGACAAGAGUACAAGCAUCCGGUAUCUAAAGGCUCUUGGCAUUCACCAGGCAGGCCAGAAAGUUACAGAUGACAUGUAUGCAGAGCAGACAGAGAAUCCUGAAAACCCCUUGAGGUGUCCUAUAAAACUCUAUGACUUCUACCUCUUCAAAUGCCCGCAAAGCGUGAAAGGCCGAAAUGAUACCUUCUAUUUGACUCCUGAACCAGUGGUGGCUCCCAAUAGCCCUAUCUGGUAUUCCAUCCAACCAAUCAGUCGAGAGCAAAUGGAGCAAAUGCUUACUCGGAUUCUGGUGAUACGAGAAAUUCAAGAAGCUAUUGCGGUGGCCAAUGUCAGCACCAUGCACUAAAGGCAGCCCUCCCAGUUCAGAAGAAGGGUGUGGGGUGGAGCUGGGUGGGGUGGGGUGGCAGCGAGGCCAGGAUCAAUUGUACAGCCUUUUACACUAAAGGAGAUGCCUAAGUUUUUUUUUUUAAUUGGUGUAGUUAAGAGGCCCUUUUAGGCUUCUUCUGGUUAAUAAGAGACCCUCUCCAUUGUGUAUCUGACCCUUUUGCAUCAGCUUUCUGGACACAUUGAAGGCUGCAUUCUUUCUCUAGGAGCUGUGAGGUUCCGUAGGUUGACUUUGGGCUUUUUUAUGAUGUGAAAAAAACAAAUUUAAUUGGUGGACUUGGCCUGGGUGGGCCACUACAUUGAAGCUCAUGAACUUGGAAGCAGAAAACAGUGGAUAUCUGCUUGACCUAAAAAGAGGUGGUUUGCAGUUUCCUUGUACUUGGACACUGACAUGUCCUAGAGGGGGGUGUCCUGCAAUUAUGAUUUAUAAGGAGAAGAAAAUCAAUUUCUAUUAAGACCUUAAAAGUGACAUUUUUAGAUGUUAAGUACAAACUACCACACUUCUCUCUCUCUCUCUUCUCUGUCUUUCUCUCUUUUGUUUGGCCUGAUGUUGAGGCCUUAAAACCUUGAGGCUCCUGUGCCUAAUGGAAUUCUUGUAACAUACACUUGUGUAUCAUAUAAAGAUACCACCCUGUUUCUCUUAUGUAUUCUUAUGCUAGUUGUUUAUUAAGAAUGACAAGCACGUCUUUUCAACA